UACGCUCGAUCGCUGAUUCUGAAGCCGGUGGCGCGUCGUUCCGUUCUCCGUCGCGUGUAGUGGAAUGAUGAGGCCGAGGUCCGCCGACUCCGAGAAGAGCAAGAAGUACGACCGGCAGCUGAGGCUGUGGGGCGACCACGGACAAGCGGCCCUCGAGUCGUCUCACGUGUGCCUCAUCAACGCCACGGCGACCGGCACCGAAGCCCUGAAGAGCAUCGUACUCCCAGGCGUCGGGGCCUUCACCAUUGUAGACGGCCACGCAGUGACGCCCGAAGACGUUGGUAACAACUUCUUCCUCGACAGCGACAGUAUCGGGAAGCCGCGAGCGGAGGCCGCCACGCGACUUCUCGUCGAACUGAACCCGGACGUCCAGGGAGACUUCGUGGAAGACACACCAGAAAACUUGCUGGAGCACAACCCCGCCUACUUCUCAAACUUCUCGGCCGUCAUCGCGACCGGGUUGCAGGAGAAGACCCUGCUGGCCUUGGCCGCCAGGUUGUGGGACGCCAACGUGCCCCUUCUGGUGUGUCGUUCUUAUGGUUUCAUCGGCUACAUGCGACUGCAGAUGAACGAACACCCUGUCGUGGAGACGCACCCUGACAACGACUUCGACGACCUCCGCCUGGACAGGCCGUUUCCCGCUCUGCGCGCUUUCGUCGACUCGAUCAACAUGGCCGAACUGACGGACAAGGAGCACAGUCACACGCCCUACGUGGUCAUCCUUCUCAAAGCUCUAGACGAGUGGCAACGACAGAACGGCUCACGGGCCCUUCCCAAAAGCGGCCAAGAAAAGCAGGCCUUCAAGGCCUUAAUCAAGGGAUGGAUAAGGCCCAAGGGAGACCAGGGAAGUGAGGACGAGGAGAACUUCGAAGAAGCCGUCAAGGCUGUCAACAAGUCUCUGAGCCCUACCGAGGUGCCCCAUCACCUGAAGAAACUCUUCGAAGAGGAGGCCUGCCUGAACAUCACCGCCGAAAGCAAGCCGUUCUGGAUAUUGAUCCGUGCCCUGAAGGACUUCGUUGAAGAGGAAGGUAAAGGUGCCUUGCCCGUGAGGGGAACACUCCCAGACAUGACGUCCGACACGGACCGAUAUGUCAAGCUUCUCAACAUCUACCAUGCCGAAGCGGACAAGGGCGUCAGGGCUGUUCACCACAGGGUCCAGCAGCUUCUGGCUUUGCUGGGAAAGCCAGAAGGCUUCAUCAGUGAAGCUGAGGUGAAAGUUUUUUGCAAGAAUGCCCACGCCCUGCGUCUCGUGCGUGGUCGCUCUCUGGCGGUAGAGUAUGACGCCAAGGAGGCCACCGUUGACACCAUUCUGACGAGCCUGGACUCUCCGGACAGUGAGAUAAUUUUCUACUUGAUGCUGAGAGCUGCCGACCGUUUCUACAGCCAGUACAACCGCUACCCGGGCUUCUUCGAAGACCAGCUCGAGACCGACAUCAGCAAGCUGAAGGCGUCGCUGUGCCAAGUGCUCGAACAGUUCGGCUCCGGGCCGGUUGCCAAGGAUGACUACGUCCAUGAAAUGUGCCGGUAUGGGGCAGCGGAGAUCCACACGGUGGCUGCAUUUGUUGGCGGUUGUGCAGCUCAGGAGGUCAUCAAACUGGUCACGGGACAGUACGUGCCUUUGAACAACACAUUUAUAUUCAAUGGCAUGACCACCACCUCGGAAACAUUUGUGCUGUAGUGGGAACAGGCUACUGUGACUGUAGAUUUAGGCAUGAUAUUUCUUGGGCUAUGUGUUACUUGCAAAUCCGGAUGUCAUUGUGAAAGUUGUGUUGAGAUAAACUAAAUGUGAAGCCAA